AUGUCCAGUCCUGCCGCAUUGCGCACUCGAAGCAUGCCGCUCCUUCCCUUUCGCAGAAGGAAGGUAGUCGCGGCCGCUACGGCUCCAGACUCGGCCCCAUUGCUCCCCGAACUCAACUUCACCGCCCGCAAGAGGAAUGACAUGAACGGGUCAGCUUGGACCACCGACGACACUUCUCGCACUGCGAACGCCGCACCAGCACGCACGACCUCGACCACCACCAUGCCCUCGUACACAUCGCCCCGCAACGUCUCAGGCCCGCUAGCUGUCGACAAAGCCGCCAUGGCUGCCGCCGCCGAUGAGAACAGCCCGUGGGCCCGCCCCAACCACUACAGCACCCCCAACUCAAAGACGUCACAGUAUAUUGAUAAGAUCACACAAGAGAACGACCGCCUGCGACGAGAACUCAGGGCCGAGAAGCUCGCAAGAGAAGAUGAGGCCAAGCGUUGGUCGGCUGCGCAAACCAAAGCCGAAGACUCCCGCGCCGAGCACCAACAUCUCCAAGUGCUCGCCGACACCAAUGCGCGAGCCAUAGAGCGGAAAGACCGGAAGCUCGAAGAACUCAAGGCCACACUCGACGCCGAAAUACAAAGAAGGAAGUCCGCCGAACAGCGAGCCGAAGAAGCGCUGCGGAUGCUGGGCGACACACGAUCCGAGACGCAACGACAGCUUUCGCAAGCAUACGAGAUGAGGGGCAUGGCAGACACGAACCUCGAAACAGCACGAGACGGCUUCAAGCGCAUCACCGACGGCUACGAGAAGAAGGUCCGCCAAAUCAACGACGAGCUCAACGAGCUACGGAGAAAGCGCCUCGAAGACGCCGACAAGAUCAAGCGACAAGCCAUCAUCAGCGACCAGCUGCAACACGAAUCUUCGCGAUCCACACGGGCCGAGGCUAAGCUGGUCAAUCUGAUGGAGGUAUACAAAAAAGAGCACCGGAAAGAGAUGGAUGGUCUCAUACAGGAAGCAGAGAGGCUGCGACGCGCACUGCCAGAGAAGGAGCGCGAGGCACAGAAACUUGUCGAUUCGUUGGAACAAACCCGCGAUAAGAUGCGAUGGGUCAUGACUCAACAUGAACGGCAAACUGGGGGGAAAUGA